CAUACCAAAUACUCCGUUGCAGCAGAGGGCGCUGUCCAUCCGCGUUCACGUCAAGUCAGGAGAAGAACUUUGCCCGCGAACAUUAGAAUACAUGUACUGGUGCACAUCAAAGUGAGCGAUAUUGGGAUUUUGCAGGAAACAAUGGCAAGCAAAUUGAAAGAAAGCACUGACUGUAGCAAUAAAACAUACUCUGUUUGUGAGAGUACGGCGGUCAGCAGUAGCCGAGUGGAAGAAGACGGAGAAUCCGACGGUCCUGCGGUGUUCAUGUGCGGAAAAUGCAAGCUUCCCAUCGGCGAUUCUCUGUCCUGGGCAGGCAGUGAUGACGAGAGGAACCAAAUCAUGCUCAAACGGAUUAGUGACAAUGUUGUCAUAGGCAAGGAGCCCUUUGUUUCUGGUACCCGAAAGGAGCUUGGAUGCCUUGUUGUGAGCCUCACUUGUCAUGGCUGUGCUUCAGAUUUAGGAAUCGUGUACAUAUCGACUCCAAAACAUCUCGAUUUUAAGAGAUCCCUAUUCUGCUUUAACGUUCAAAGUAUUGAAAGCUAUGUAGUAGGUAGUCCAGGUCAGCAGAUGCCAGAUUUGGACCGUGAAAACAGGCCAGUAACCCUGGAAUACCAAGACACUGUUGAGCAGCAGAUGACCGAGAUCAAAUCUUUAGCUGUGAUAAUUGGACAACGACUUCUGGAAAUCGAAAAUAACCUCCAGUGCAGUCCGGCAAAAUAAAGUGAGCUGUUAAAAAGCUGUUUUAGAGAUAAUGUCUGUUUUCCCAUCUGAGGGAAACAUCUACUUUGUCUGGAUCCCAUCCAUUGAUCAAGAUGACCGAGUUUUUGUGACAACUUUUUACAGUUAGAUUUGUACAGAAAGGUAUGUAUUUAUUGUAUAUGUAUGUUUUUGUUUGGUUAAAUGCACGAUUCGCAUAUCUGCAGAUGUCACAGAGUAGACAUCUUGCUGUAAAGCAGAUACACGUUUCUACCCUGCAUGGGCUAUCUGUUUUAUGUAAAGCUGGUAUAUGUAUAUCUUCCUAGAUAGACACACAAUAAAUAAAGGUGUCAAGCAA